UGUUGUAUGUUGUCGAACUGCUUUGCUUUAUCUUGGCCAGGUCGCAAUUGUAAAUGAGAACUUGUUCUCAACUUGCCUACCUGGUUAAAUAAGGGUGAAAUAAAUAAAAUAAAAAGUUACUUUAGGACUGAUUUGAUAAAUAUAGUUGGAUCUCGCUCUAGUCUAGCACAUUCUUAUACCAAUCCAAUGCUUUCAAAUCUUUGAGGGGCAGUGAGCAAGUGCACAUUCUAGGGAGAAGGGGGAAAAAUGUAAUGAUGUAUUCAUGUUUGGUGAGGCUUUGGAGUGGCAUCUUAACCUUAUUUAUUUUCCGUCCAGUGUACUUUUUCAAACGGGGAUGACGUGUUCAUUAGAAAAUGUAUUGUCUGACGCCAAGUCGCUGGUGGAAAGACUUCGCAACCAUGACAAUGCAGCGGAGGUACUUAUCGAACAGACGACGUCCCUUAACAAGAGGGUGGAGGCCAUGAAACAGUAUCAGGAGGAGAUUGAAUCGCUGAACCAGGUGGCCCGGCAUCGGCCCCGUUCCAGCCUCGUCAUGGGCAUCCAGCAGGAAAACCGGCAGAUCCGUGACCUACAGCAGGAAAACAUAGAGUUGAGAACAUCCCUGGAGGAACACCAGUCGGCCAUAGAGCUCAUCAUGACUAAAUACAGGGAGCAGGUCUUCAGACUCCUCAUGGCCAGUAAGAAGGAUGACCCAGCCAUCGUCACCCAAUUAAAGGAGCAGCACACCACUGAAAUGCAAGCGCACAUAGACAAGAUCAACGAGAUGGCUACGGUGAUGAGGAAGGCUAUCGAAGUGGAUGAGGGGAGGUUGUGUGAAGACGAGGAGAGGAUCAAGCAACUAGAGCUGGAGAACAGUGGUCUUCGUGAGCUGCUAGGGAUCAGUCGAGAGGCCUUCCUAGUUCUGACGAGAGAGGAGGCCUCGGAUAGCACAUCCCUGUCUGCCCUGUUGACCAGCGCCGACAUCAGCCUCCGGAAGAGUUAGGCCCACACCAGCACUAGCUUGGACUGUGUGUGUGUGUGUGUAUAUAUGUAUAUAUGCCCCCCCUGCCACCUUGUACAGCCCAUGCCCCCCAAUCACCUAAAGCCACGCAGACUCCCAGAGGGCACUCAACAAUGAACGAUGCCCCAGGUCAUACUGCCGCCCACCUGUCACACUACAAUGGAGGUAUACAGUAGGAAGCCUCUGAGACAAAUGGGAAAAUCCUCCAGCGGUGUAGUCUGUCAUGCAUUUUUUGUGUUGGCACGCAUUGUGCUAUAUGAUGAGCCUGUGGGGUUUUAAAGUGUGAAUGUGUGAAAGUGCUGCUGUUGAAUGACAAUAAAACACUUGAAAGAAA